AUGGCCGUAUCGAACAACUGGAUCUCCAAUUACGAGAAUAGUCGCUUGAGGCUGACGUUCGAAACUGCAACAGUUGAUGCUGACUCGGACAGCGAGGAAGGUGUGCUCUCCAAUGAACGUGAUAUUGCUACGCACGUCAUCUCGGUGGACGACGACCCUUCUCUGAACCCGUGGACAUUCCGUGCAUUCUUUAUCGGUCUUGGCCUCUCAACCUUUGGCGGAGUACUCGUGUCAUUGAUGUUCCUCGCGGUUGUUUCUUAUAUCCUGGGCAUCUUCAUGGAGACCUUUAUUCCUCGUCGUGGACUCCUGCGCUAUCUGAAUCCCGGGCCAUUCAACAAGAAAGAAAAUGCUUUCGUUGUGAUCAUGGCAAGCGCCUCUGCCAACUCCGCCUUAGGUACCGAAGUUCUUGCUGUCCAGCGAUUGUAUUACAAUAUCACGCCCAAUGCCGGUGCCUCAGUGUUCCUACUCUUCUCUUCUCAACUUCUUGGUUAUGGAAUUGGUGGCAUGAUGAGAGGCAUCCUGUUAUAUCCAUCAAAGAUGUUAUACCCCGGUGUGCUACCAUUGCUGUCCAUGUUCGAUGCUCUCUACGAGGGCGGGAAUGACAGCACGGAAAAAGCUCAGAGUCUUUUACAUUGUGUUUACUGCCUCCCAACAAUGCCUGCCGUCUCGCGAGUGUUUGGUGGUACAAACGGUAACGAGGGUCUAGGGCUCCUGUCUAUCUGCUUUGACUGGCAAUAUAUUUCUGGCGGGGUGAACCCUAUGACUAUUCCGCUCAAAGCACAGUUCUCGAAUUUACUGGGCUACCUCCUUUGCAUGGUUGUGUUUGUGGCUGUAUAUUACAACAACAUCUGGAAGGCCCAGAACUUCCCAUUCCUUUCUCAACUCUUGUUCUAUGAAAACGGAACACAGUACAAUCAAACACUCAUUCUCAAUGCCAACUAUGCAAUCAUCUUCUCCUCUGGAACCGGGACUGAUAUGCGCUCUGCGUGGAGUUGGAUGACUCCGUCGGGCAUCAAAAAAUUAUGGGCGAAUUUUGACUGGAAGUUCUGGCAAUCCGACGGAAUGCGGAAGCAAGACGUUGAUGAUGAGGAUAUCGAUCCCCACUACAAGCAGAUGCUGAAGUACCCCGAUGCUCCCAAUAGCUGGUACUUCGUCGUUUUUCUCCUGUCCUUCGUUGUUGCCCUGGUCGUUUUAUACAAGACCGAUUCGACCUUGCCAUGGCUGAUGAGCGUUGAAGGUGGGGCUUUCCUUAUCUCACUCUUGCUGGCGACGAUUUCUAUUCUAUUCUUCUGUGCACUCGCCGCGAUUACAGGAUUGAUGUUCGCCAUCCAGCCGUUUGUCCAGAUGAUUGGUGGUUACCUUCACAAGGGGUUGCCAGUGGCAAAUAUGUACUUCGUUCUAUACGGAUCCAACUCUGUCACCCAAGCCAAUCUAUUACUCCGCGACCUCAAGAUUGCUCAGUCUGCCACCCUCGCGCUGCAUUUACCUGCCCAGAUUCUUGGCACGCUGCUUGGUGCCAUCCUGAACUUCAUCAUGAUGAAUUCAAUCAUAGAUAACCAACGUGAAAUCUUGUUAUCUGUUCAAGGAACCAAUAUCUGGUCUGGCCAACAGCCACAGAUGUACAACUCUCAGGCAAUUGCAUGGGGUGGACUCAGUCACGAGCUCUUUUCCGUAGGCCAUAAUAUACCAAUGGUUGGACUUUUCAUACCUGUUCCUUUCUGGGUCAUUCACAGGUAUUGGCCAAAGCUUUCCAUGCUCACAUAUCUCACAGAUACUACAUCGGAUGGCUUUGUGUUGGAAUCAAUUCAUCUCUCCUCUCCUACUUUUGCUAUCGCAUUCCUCUCGCAAUGGUGGCUGCGUACGCGCUACCCUCGCUGGUUUGCCAAAUACAACUACAUCAUCGGAGCUGCCCUUGACGGAGGCACUCAAGUCAUGGUGUUCAUCCUCUCGUUUGCGGUGCAAGGUGCUGCUGGGACCUCACACCUGUUCGCUCCAUGGUGGGGCGCGAACCAAGGAGGUAAUUAUGACCGCUGUCUCUACUUAAACUGA